AUGCAUUGCAAUUGGAACUGUUUGGCGUUUAACGAGACGUUUGGUCCAGCACUCGAAGCAGCCGGCUAUGGACCUGAUAAAUUACACUUAAUGAUAUACGAUCAUGGACCAGGGGAAGUUGGCAAAAUGAUUAACUGGAUUGAGACGAGCUUUAAUGACUCAGAAACGGCUAAAUAUAUAAAUGGGUUGAUUUACCAUUGCUAUGGAAACGGAAAGGUUUGGGAUGAUUUGGAGCUUUUACACAAGCGAUACCCCGAUCAGUUUGUAAUGUCGACUGAAUGCUGCCAAGAGUUCAGUAAAAAAACAAAAGGUACCUUGAUGGAGCUAGGUGUUUGGGAACACGCCCAGGUCUACGCUAGAGAUAUAAUGAAUAAUUUUCAACAUUGGACCCGAGGUUGGGUUGAGUGGAAUCUGGUGCUCGACAUGUAUGGUGAGCCCAAUUGGGCCAAUAUGUCGGCGUUGGCACCGAUUCACGUCAACCACACGGCCAACGAGUACUACAAAGACUCGACUUUUUAUAUUUUGGGACACUUUUCCAAAUUCUUAGUCAAAGAUUCGGUGAGAGUCGGCGCGAAAUCUGACAAAUCGGUCGACAAUUUCAGUUAA